UACCCUAGUUUUCACUACCUUCAUAUUCUCAGGGUUUCUCCUCCUUCAUUCUAGUCGUUCGGUGCAGGCGCAGCAGACAGACAGAGAGAGUGUCGUCCUUCUUCAAACGCGGUCACCAUGGGGCGUAUGCACAGUCGCGGUAAGGGUAUCUCCAGUUCGGCUCUUCCAUAUAAGAGGACGCCACCUAGCUGGUUGAAGAUUUCGUCGCAGGAUGUGGAGGAAAACAUCUGCAAGUUUGCCAAGAAAGGUCUCACUCCAUCCCAAAUUGGUGUUAUUCUUCGUGACUCUCAUGGAAUUGCUCAGGUUAAGAGUGUCACUGGAAGCAAGAUUCUACGUAUAUUGAAAGCCCAUGGUCUUGCUCCUGAAAUUCCUGAGGAUUUGUAUCACUUGAUCAAAAAGGCUGUCUCCAUUAGGAAGCACUUGGAGAGGAAUAGGAAGGACAAGGAUUCUAAAUUCAGGUUAAUUUUGGUUGAGAGUAGGAUUCACCGCCUUGCCCGUUACUACAAGAAGACUAAGAAGCUCCCACCCGUGUGGAAAUAUGAAUCUACAACUGCCAGCACCCUUGUGGCUUAGAGUGAAAUGUUCUUAAGAUAUGAUAGAAUUCUUCAAUCAAUGUACUUUUUGAUAAGCAAAUUUAUUUCUUUGACGUGAUUUUCGAGUUUUCAAUUCUUGUUAAAACACUUAUCCAAUGGUAGUUUUGAUGAUGGAUUUUUGUUUUUAUUAUU